UAGGGGUAGUUUCGACAAUAUUCCAAUAAAAUUCUAGUUCUAUUAUGCUUAGACCCUGAACCAUUUGUUUCGCUCCUAAAACCCUACUUACCACCAUGUCUUCUUCCCUUCUCCGCCGUUCAAAACCCUUAACUAACGUUCUCCGCUUCAGUCGGGUCUUUACCCGGACCAUGGGCGGUGGCCCGCGGACCUUCCCUGGUGGCUUAAACAAAUGGCAAUGGAAGCGCAUGCACGAGAAGAAAGCCAAGGAGAAAGAAAAGCGACUUCUCGAUCAAGAAAAACAACUCUAUCAAGCCCGUAUCCGUUCCGAAAUCCGAAAUAAACUCUUCGUUAAAUCCGAUUUGUGUUCGAAACCCGACCAAGAACCCACCAACCACACUCCCAUGACCCCCCAACAGCACAUUAAAGCUUUAGCGGAUCGCUUCAUGAAAGCUGGGGCUGAGGAUUUGUGGAAUGAAGACGAUGGCCCUUUGAAAUCAUCCGAGGAACAAUCACAACGGAUUGCGCCAACAAAUGAACGGCCCAGAUCGUUUAGUUCGCCAAAUGAUUUGAGGAGCAUGAUAUCAGACAAGCGUAAUUUAGUUGAUAAUAAUUAUAGAAAUGUGGAUUCUCAAAAUUAUAAUUUUAGUAAUCAUGUGAAAACUAGAAAUUAUUCGGUUGCAAGUGGAAGGAGUUAUAAUACUGCUCGUAAUAUAAUGGGUAAUGUUGCUAAAAGUGGGAAUAAUUUGAGAAAUGGCAGUGAUUUUGUGGAGAAAAUGAAUUUUUCAGGGUCAGCAAAGCAGAAGUAUAGUAGAAACCAGAGUUCUUCUGGUGAAGAUGAAUUUGGUUUCCGAAAGGGAAAUAAAGUGAGGCCUUUUGCUUGCAAUUUGGGAAAUACCCACGAAAAUGGUGAUUCAAGGAAUUUGAGUGAGUUUAGAAAGAAAAAAGGAUUACUGGGUCGAAGGAGGUUUAAGAGAAAUGAGAGUUCUUCAAGUGAUUAUGAUUCAGAUUUGGAUUUGGAGGAUAUUGACAAGAAAGUGGAAGGUUGGAGAGAUGUGAAGAAGAUGGGAAGUACUACAUCUUUGGGGAAGUAUGAUGUGAAGAUAACAAAGAGAGUGCCGCUAAAGGAUGUUGAGAAAGAGAGUGAUUUUUUGGAGCAGGUGGAGUUCAUUAGGAAGGAGAUUAGUAAGAAAAAAUUGACCGAAAAUGGUGAGCAAGAGGUGCAAAGGGAGGAAGAAUCAGCUCUUAGUCAGAAAAGAUUUGAUGAGUGUGGGAUAUCUCCAUUGACAGUCAAAGCACUCACAGCUGCUGGCUAUGUUCAAAUGACCAGGGUACAGAAUGCUACUCUUUCUAUUUGCCUUGAGGGGAAUGAUGCUUUGGUCAAAGCCAAAACUCUCACAGGAAAAAGCGCAGCUUUUUUGCUUCUGGCAAUUGAAACAGUUUUGAAGGCCACAAGUAGUGGGACCCGUCAACGAGUGUCCCCAAUAUUUGUUCUAAUUCUUUGUCCCACAAGAGAGCUUGCAAGUCAGAUUGCAGGAGAAGCUAUUUCUUUGCUGAAGUAUCAUGAUGGCAUAGGUGUGCAAACACUCGUGGGAGGUACUCGUUUCAAAGAUGAUCAGAAACGCUUAGAAGCAGAUCUGUGUCAGAUAUUAGUUGCAACUCCUGGCCGGUUGCUGGAUCAUAUAGAGAAUAAGUCUGGAUUGUCUACGCAUCUGAUGGCAUUGAAAAUGCUUGUACUUGAUGAAGUUGACCACUUACUAGACCUGGGAUUUCGGAAGGACGUGGAAAAAAUUGUUGAUUGUUUGCCCCGUCAGAGGCAGUCCAUAAUGUUUUCUGCAACGAUUCCAAAGGAGGUUCGUCGAAUAUCUCAGCUUGUUUUGAAAAAUGAGCAUGCAUAUAUUGACACAGUGGGUAUGGGUUGUGUGGAAACUCCGACAAAGAUUAAACAGUCUUGUCUUAUUGCACCACAUGAAUUGCAUUUUCAAAUAGUGUACCAUCUAUUGAAGGAUCAUAUUGCAAAAGCACCUGACUACAAGGUCAUUUUAUUCUGUUCAACCGAAAUGGUAGCAUCACUCCUGUAUUUGCUUCUUCAGGAAAUGAAAAUGAAUGUGAGGGAGAUACAUUCUAGAAAGCCUCAAUUAUAUCAAACUCGUGUCUCUAAUGAAUUCAGGGAAUCAAAGCAGCUUAUUCUUGUUACAUCAGAUGUAUUGGCACGCGGAAUGAAUUACCCUAAUGUUACUUUGGUUGUUCAGGUGGGUAUUCCUUCGGAUAGGGAACAAUACAUACAUAGACUUGGAAUAACAGAUCGAGAGGACAAAGAAGGAGAAGGCAUCUUGUUGCUUGCACCAUGGGAAGAAUAUUUCCUGGAUGAUUUAAAAGAUUUGCCCCUUGACAGAUGUCCUUCUCCACAUUUAGAUCCAGACUCUAAACUUCAGGUGGAGACUUUGAUGGCAAAGAUUGAUGGUAGUGUUAAAGAGGCAGCAUAUAAUGCUUGGCUUGGUUUUUACAAUUCAGUUAGAGAAAUUGGUAGGGAUAAGUCAGCGCUUGCUGAGCUAGCCAACAAAUUUGCCGAGUCUAUUGGCUUACAAAGGCCUCCACCCUUAUUCAGAAAGAUGGCAUUGAAAAUGGGUUUGAAAGAUAUUCCUGGCAUUCGAAUCCGAAAGUAGCACGGAUUUGAGAAAAUAUAUCUCAACGAAAACAUGAUUCUUAUUGUAGAUUAAGAAUGUAAGAAUAAAAGCAUUUUGUUUUAAUCACAGUAGUAACUGAAAGUAAAAUCUUUUCAUAGACUUCUGGCGA